CUAAAGUCCAGUUUCGCAUACCGAAACAGUUGUCUAUAAAACAUAAACUGACACGUGUUAACUUCUACCAAAAAGACACGUGUUAAAUUGAUCUUUUGCUAUGGUAGAGCUCUACCCGUUGGUUUGUGGUUUCCGUCGUUCCGUAAAUGACAGAGCGACAGAGAUUUGUGAAGCUUCUUCGGGACUGUAGUAAGUAUGGAUUACUCGAUCAGGGACUGCAAAUCCACACGGCCAUACUGAGAAUGGGUUUGGAUCUUGAUCUUAUUAUAAACAAUUUUCUCAUUGAUAUGUAUGGAAAAUGCUGUAGGCCAGAAAUGGCUUCUGCUGUGUUUGAUAAAAUGCGUGAAAGAAAUGUUGUCUCGUGGACUGCUCUCAUGGGCGGUUUCUUGGGUCAGGGCAAUGCGGAGGCAUCAUUGUUACUCUUCUGUCGAAUGGGUUCUUCUGGUGUUAGGCCUAAUGAGUUCACUCUGUCAAGUAAUCUAAAAGCGUGUGGUAUUCUGGGUGUUCCUCAAAAUGGAAUGCAGAUUCAUGUUGUGUGUGUCAAAACUGGGUUUCAAUUUGUCCCAGUUGUUGGGAACUCAAUUAUUGAUAUGUACUCGAAAUGCGGAAAGAUCGAGAAAGCAACCCAGAUGUUCAAUCUAAUGUCUGUUAGAAAUCUCAUUAGUUGGAAUGCGAUGAUUGCUGGGUACACUCAUACGGGAUGCGAUGGUAAGUCUCUGCUUUUGUUUAAGAAAAUGCAAAAACAUGGAGAAACACCUGAUGAGUUUUCUUAUUCGAGUGUUCUAAAAUCGUGCAGUGGCCUUGGAGCGAUUAAAGAGGGGGGCCAAAUUCAUGCUUCCUUAAUCACAAGGGGUUUUCCUAUUGCACUUCAUAGGAUUAUGGCAAGUGUACUCAUUGACUUGUAUGUAAAAUGCAGGUGCCUACAUGAAGCAAGAAAACUUUUUGAUCGGAUUGAGCCAAAAAAUGUAAUUUUGUGGACUACAAUGAUUAUAGGCUAUGCUCAAGAGGGUGGUCUACAAGAGGCCAUGGACUUGUUUAGGAAAUUCAUGGAAACAGGGGCUGAAGCUGAUGGGUUUGUUCUUUCUAGCAUGAUGAGUGCCUUUGCUGAUUUUGCCCUUGUAGAACAAGGGAAGCAGAUACAUUCAUACACUGUUAAAGUCCUAUCUGGCUUAGAUGUCUCAGUAGCCAAUUCAGUGGUUGAUAUGUACGUCAAGUGUGGAUUGAUAGAAGAUGCAGAAAAACGUUUCAAUGAAAUUCCCAUUAAAAAUGUGGUUUCUUGGACAGUUAUGAUCACUGGCUAUGGAAAGCAUGGUUCUGGCAAAAAUGCAAUUUGUCUCUUUGAAGAAAUGCAGCUGGAGAAUAUUGAACCUGAUGAAGUGACUUACUUGGCUGUGCUCUCUGCCUGUAGCCAUGCUGGUCUAAUUGAAGACAGUCAUAAGUACUUCUCAAGACUCUGCAAAGACCAUCAAUGUGAACCUAAAAUAGAGCAUUAUGCUUGCAUGGUUGACCUCCUUGGUCGAGCUGGACAUUUGGAAGAAGCUCGCAAUCUCAUAAAGACCAUGCCAUUUGAACCAAGUGUCGGAAUAUUGCAGACAUUGCUAAGUGCCUGUAGGCUACACAAAGACUUGGACAUUGGUAGAGAAGUGGGAGAAGUCCUUUUGAGAUUGGAUUGUGAUAACCCGGUGAACCAUGUAAUGAUGUCUAACCUCUAUGUCGAGGUUGGUGAAUGGAAGGAGUAUGAGAGAGUGAGGAAGUUGAUGAAGGUAAAGGGGUUGAAGAAAGAAGCUGGGUGUAGUUGGAUUGAGAUCGACAAGGUGAUGCACUACUUUUAUGGUGGAGAUGACAGGCACCCACUUACGGACAGAAUUCAUAAGGUAUUGAAGAAGAUGGAGAGAAGGAUGAAAGAAGAGAUGGGUUAUGCAUAUGAUGUGAGGUUUGCAUUGCAUGAUGUGGAAGAGGAGUCAAAGGAGGAGAGCUUGAGAUUUCACAGCGAGAAGUUGGCAAUUGGUUUAGGUUUGAUGUGUGGUGGGUUGGAGAAUGAAAAUAUUGUUAGGAUCUUCAAGAACUUGAGGGUCUGUGGAGAUUGUCAUGAGUUCAUCAAGGGUUUGUCAAAGUUAUUGAAGAAGGUAUUUCUAGUGAGAGAUGCAAAUAGGUUUCAUAGAUUUGAAGAUGGGGUUUGCUCCUGUGGUGAUUAUUGGUGACAUUUCAAAUGGGUGUUUUUGCUUCGCAUGAUUGAAGUCUUCAAAUUGAAAGAUUGUUGUAUUGGGGCAGUUUAGGAUUCAUUGUGUAAAUUAUCUUUUUCAUUUGUAUCUGUAAUUAAUUUUUUUGGUAACUUCACAUUUUUUUUUUUUUUUUUCCGUUUGGGGAACAACAGGAGGAUUCUCAAACCUGAUAAAGCCAUUUUUAUGUAUUGAACUUGAACAAGACCCAUGACAAUCAUACAAUUAUAAUCUAGAAUAAUUGCAUUCCAAAUGCCAAAAUUUAUCUUAUUGAGUGGAAACUGCACUUAGUAAAUCAUCUCUUUCACCUGCAUGGAAAAAGAGCAACUGCAAUUUGAUCCUCCGGAUUGUUGGAAGUGUUUCAAAGGAUAAUGAGCUGAGAAACCUUCUGGUGGUGACUCAGAGCAUUGAGUAGAAGUAAGAUCUAUGAUCAAAGAAAAAUCGCCUUAAAAUUUUCUGCUUAGUUGUGGUGUUACAGGACAGGUAUUGGCACCGAAGGCCUUCCUCAUCAUGCAAGGGUUGCAACAAGCAUUGGAGCAUGGGAGCAACAGAGUAGAAGUGUUGCUAAGCGACAUGGAUCCAGCAAUAUGGCUGACUCAAGGGAACCAUGAAGGAUGGCCAUGGGAGUUAUUUCGGGUGUUACUGAAUAUUUCUGUUUAUCUUGUAAAAAUGACUGUAAUUUUUGAAGUACAAGAUAAGGAUGUUAUGUCGGUACUUGGUAGUGUAUUGGGUUACUUAUAAUGCCCAAAAUUCUCAGUUGA